AUGGCCGAUGAUCAAAUCUCUGAUGAAGCGCCGCUAUUAUGCAAUGAAUCCGUUCAGAGGCACGACGACAUUAAUAAAAAAUUUAACUCUAAAAAUGCCAAAAAAAUAGCAUUAUGCUUUGUAUUUUGGUUUAUUGUCAUCCAUUCUUGUAUCCAUUUGUUUUAUGCAAGAGAUUCCUGCAAAUGGCUUCUAUCCGACGGACGAUACAAAGGUGACAUGGGCUGGCAACCAUAUGGUUGCAUGAUGCAUGAGUACAGUGAAUUAGACUGUAGCCGUUGCUUGAAAUAUUUAGCAUUUAGAGGAAGUCAUAACCAGUUUCAUUUUAUUGGUGAUUCUAGAAUACUAGAUAUGUAUAAUGCUUUAAUUCAUACUAUAGAACCAAAAGCACAGUUAGUUAAAAGUUCAAAAUUUACACCUUCUCAUUAUUCUGACUCUGACCAUCUAUUCCAUGAUAGUCGUCUGAAAUUGGAUGUACAUUUUUUUGGGAGUCCAUAUAUUGAUCCAAUGGUCAAAUAUUUAAAAAAAUUGAAAGAUGUAAAUGAUAAACCUCGAGUAAUUGUAGCAGGAAGUGCUAUUUGGCCCAUCAUUCAAUCAAAUGGAUCCUUAAACGGUAUUCAAGAUUAUAUUGCUAAUAUCACUCUACUAAUUAAGCCAAUUAAUGAUAUCUCAUCAAAAUCAAUAGUGUUGUGGGUUUUGCAAGAACCAGUUGAAGAGAGUAAACUUGAUAAUUCAAUGUCUAUGGUUACUAACAAUUUAAUUGAUUUGUAUAAUGAAGCUGCAAUGGAUGUUCUUAGUAAAAGUUCAGCUGAAAUGUGGUGGAGUUCAAGACUUGUGUCCCAGGGGGAAAUGAAUGAUAGUCUAGAUGGUCUCCAUUCUAGUAACGCAUCUUUACGAUUAAGAGCUCAAAUAUUGUUAAACUUAUAUUGCAACGAUCACAUGAAUUUCAAUGAUGGUACCUGUUGCUCAAGUACUGAACCAUAUACUUCAUUACAAAGUUAUAUGUUGGUUUUUUUUAUCAUUUGUAUUUUCAUUGGAAUCCUAAUGGCAGUUAGAUAUCGACAGAAUAGGUUAUCUAAAAAAGAACCAAGCUAUGUGGUAAUGAUUUCUCUUGCAAAAUUGGGUCUUAUUAUGAUUUAUUUUUACUUAUGCGACAGAACAAAUUUUUUCAUGAAAGAAAACAAAUAUUAUUCUGAUGCCAGUUUUUGGUUGCCUGUUGGUUAUGUAUUUGUUCUCGGUUUAUUUUUCACUGAAGAAAGUAGAUACACAAAAGUACUUCAUCGAGAUCAAACUGACGAAUGGAAAGGUUGGAUGCAAUUAAUAAUUUUAAUAUACAAUUUAACUGGAGCAAGUAUCAAAACAUCAAUUGCAAAUCAUGUUCAAAUAUUGAUAUCUGCCUAUCUAUUUCUUACGGGAUAUGGUCAUUUUUAUUACAUGUGGCAUAGAAGUGAUGCAGGACUUACUCGUUACUUUCAGAUCUUAUUUAGAUUGAACAUGUUGACUGUAGUGUUGUGUGUUUGCAUGAACCGGCCAUACCAAUUCUAUUACUACAUACCUUUAGUAUCAUUUUGGUUUACUAUUGUCUACUUACUAUUAAUUUGUCCACCUCGUGUAACUGCAGCUUCAUCUGAAAUAAGACCUGCACAGUACUUAUAUAUAAUAUUAAAAAUAUUAGCUCUUUUCAUUUUCAUCACCAUUCUUUAUAUGUCUGAGGUAUUUUUCGAUAAAAUUUUUCUCACGCGUCCAUGGAAAGCCUUAUUUGUAACUACAGAUGAUGAUAUUCAUGAAUGGUGGUAUCGGUGGAAACUAAACCGUUUUAGUGUUGUUAAUGGUGUAAUACUGAGUUUUAUCAUCAUCUUAGCUCAACGUUAUAAUUUAAUUGAUGACAAUAAUCACAGUAAUUUAGUGUUGCCUCGAUUAGCUGUAUUCUCUUCAUUUGUUGCAUUCAUUGGACUUAUUGCCUCGACUGUUUAUAAUAUUUUGUGUCAGAAUAAAACAGAAUGCUAUGAACUAUUAUCUUAUACAUCAGUCAUUCCUAUAGUUAGUUACAUUAUAUUAAGAAAUGUUUCUGGCGUAUUGAGAACACGUUUCUCCAGUUUAUUUGCUUGGUUCGGCAGAAUUUCUUUAGAAUUAAUGGUUUGCCAAUGUCAUAUAUGGUUAGCAGCCGAUACUCAUGGAGUUCUUGUAUUAUUGCCUGGUUAUCCAGUACUCAAUGGUUUAAUUGUUUCAUUCAUUUUUAUUUGUAUCUGCCAUGAGUUACAUGAUAUUACAACCAAAUUGACGCCAUAUGCUGUGCCAUCUGAUCAUAAAGAUUUAUUCCGUAAUCUGAUAUGUUUCAUCUUGCUGUUAAUACCGUUAGGAGCAAACGAUGGCAUGUUUUAA